GUGGUGGAUUUGAAAAAGAUUUCCCAUGCUGUGCUGCAGCACCGGCAGCUGGGGAGAGCUGCUUUGUGGUGCAGCUUUGGAGAUGUGGUGUCGAAUCGUGAAACUGUUUUGGUCAUGGAGCUGCUUGACGACCUGAUGCAAACCUACACCAGCCGCAACCUGUGGCACAAUGAAGAUAUGGUCCGGCUGGAUGUUGCAUACGUAGUUGAUGAUGCCCUGCAGCACAUCCACCAGCAGAAG